AUGAGUCCAUCAUGUCUGGAAGAGAAGCUUCCAAGGAAACGAGGAGCUACUGUUCAGAGUGCUAGGCCGGCGAAACGCGUUCGUUUAACGAAGCAGAAUUUGAAGAAGUUGGAAAGGAUGGAGGGUUUUAAGAAGAAGAAGGCUGCGAAGAGGUCGAUUGAGGAGGCUUCUACGGCUACGGGGACGAGUAAGGAGGGGAGUCCAUUCCAAAGGAGAAAGACUUCUAAGGAGGGAGAUUCGGAGACAACUACGUCUACAAAGUCAAGAGACACGACUGUAUCAACAACAGCACCGGGCUUUCCAGACCUCGCCUGUCGAAACGGUAUACUGGAACCAGAUUGCUCAAAUCCUCCUGAGAAUCUCCAAUCCUUGCAAGAGCAGAUAAAUAGGGAGCGAAGUUCACCCUCCCCAACAAGGUCACAAUUUGACGACUAUACUUCAGCCAUCGCAAACGCUGUAAAUGAAGCGACAAUAAUAGCCGAAACGCAUCCCGUCUUGCUCCGAAAUUACAAAGAUCGUGGAUAUAAGAAGACUUGGAGUACAAACCUUGGCGCCUUUCCCAAAACCGUCGGGUUCAACAACGGCAUUUCUCCAGCACAACCGGAUAUGAUGGAGGGUUUAUCUCUCACCCAAUUCAAGCCCUUUCCCGCGCGCGAAGAGCUCGGUGGUGCUGCGGUUGUUUACCAAGGCGCCAAAUCGAUAACUCUCUCACAUCUGGCUGCCGAAUGGAAGGGGCCGGGGAAUGAUAUGAUACUAGCGCAAGCUCAAGCUGCGUACGACGGUGCCUGCCUCGUUUACGGGAGAAACAAAGCAUUGACUUACCUCGGGACUCCCGAUGUACCUGGUCAUGCUCACAUCUCGAGUUUCACUACCGACGGCACCAAUUUACAUAUUUUUGCUCAUUUUGUGGCUGAAGAGCAGGGAAGGACCGAGUAUCAUCAAUAUCCGAUCGCCAGGUGCAUGCUUAUCGCCUCGUAUGAUGAUUACAAGAAAGGAAGGCGCCAGCUGAGAAAUCUGCAAGAUCUGGCCAAAAAGAAUUCGGAGGCGUUGAGAGAUGAGCUUGUGAGAAAGUGGACUGAGUCUCUUGGAAUCGUUCCUGCUGUCCCGGUCAAUCUUCCUCCGCCAAUCACCAGUCCCGCUGAAGACGACACUCUUGGAAGAAACAACCCAGACGAAAAUACACCCACCAACGCCCAAAGACCAACCGUUGAACCUCCAAGUCCGACAUGA